AUGACCCUCUCUCGACCAACCUGGAAGCGCCUCAUCCGCUUUACACCGCCCAACUCGACGGCCGUGCUCUACGGUGAGCCGGUGGUGGGGGACGACAGCGACGUCGGCCGCCUGGCAGACGCUGGGCGCCUCACUGCUCGUGUGGUCGAGCCUGGGCCUCAAGGGGUGCUGGGCGAGGGCACGUGCGUGACAGACCGCACGGAGAGCGUCGACAAGCUCCUGGCACCGAUCGGGCCAGCCGACGUCAUCGAAUUCAAGUGCAUCGGCCUAAACUACCGCAAGCACAUCAUCGAGGCCGGCCGCUCCCUCCCUCCUUUCCCGUCCCUGUUCAUCAAACCCGGUACCGCCCAUGCCGAGUAUGGCCAGCCUGUUCCCAUCCCCAAGUGCGCGCAGGAAGGAGAGGCCGACUAUGAGGGCGAGCUGUGUGUCGUCAUCGGCCGCGACGCCAAGGACGUUAGCAAGGAGGACGCCCUCAGUUACGUUGCGGGGUACACGGCCGGCGACGACGUCAGCACGCGCAAGUGGCAGCGCCUCAAGGAACGCGCUGGGGGAGUGCCGCAGUGGUGCUUCUCAAAGGGCUUUGACAACUUUGCCCCCCUGGGCCCCGUCCUCGUAUCCCCAGAGCUGAUCGCCAACCCAGCGGCGCUCCGCCUCAAGACCAGCGUGAAUGGCGAGUUGCGGCAGGACACGUCUGUGGCUGACCUCGUGUUUGAUGUUCCCACCAUCAUCUCGUUCCUCUCGCAAGGCACUACGUUGCGGCGCGGCACAGUCAUCAUGACUGGCACACCUGGCGGCGUAGGGUGCGCAGGACCCGAGGAAAAGUGGAGACCGCUGAAGGAUGGGGACGAGGUGCAAGUGUGGGUUGAGGGCGUGGGCACUCUUCGCCAUGGGAUCACAUACGAGUAG